GAAAACUUUAUAACCUUGGAAUAUGUCAGUUUGUUUCCUUUUUAAUUUUUACAAAUAGUUAUGUUUUGAUUAGUGUUUCGUGAAUUAUUUAACAUAAAAUGAAUGUUACAGUUAUGGGAAAUAAUUGUACUUUUAACAAAUCUUUGAUUUUUACAUGUUUUUGAUUAUAAAUUAGUAUUUUGUUAAUGCUAAAAAGUUAAAUGUCCAAAUAUUAAUGAAUAAAAUGGGUCAAUUUAGUGAUUUUCUCUCCAUAAGAGGGGCUGGAUAUAUUCCAGAAAAAGAACAAGUAAUAAGUCAAUUAGAAAGGGGCACUUUGGUGACAAAAUUUUCGUGCAAGAAAAAACCAGAACGGAGAAACCUAUCGAUUCGUAGAGAGACAGGCCAGAUAACAUGGAUCAGACCCACAUCCACCCAAAAAAACACUUACGAUGGUUGCGUAAAUAUAAGAGAAAUAAAAGAAAUUAGGCAUGGUAGGCAUUCUAAGGAUUUUGAAAAAUGCACAGAGGAGACCAACAGAAUGGAAAAAAAAUGUUUUGUGGUGUUUUAUGGAUCAGAAUUUAAUUUAAAGACUUUAAGUUUGCUUGCCUUUUCUGAGCUGGAAUGUGAGCUAUGGGUAAAAGGUUUACAAUACCUAGUUGCAGAGAUAAGAGAUUAUUCAUAUCCAUUACAAGUUCAAACAUGGUUAAGAAGAGAGUUUUAUGUCAUGGAAAGCCCCUGUGGAAAUAUUAACUUUAGGGAUUUAAAAGCAUUUUUACCAAAAAUAAACUUUAAAAUGCCAAAUAUAAAAUUGAAAGAUUUAUUUAAUGAAGUGGACAACCGUAAAUGUACUGAAAUAGGCUUUGAUGACUUCAGUACAGUUUAUCAAAAAAUGAUGUAUUAUGAAUAUACGGAAUUAAAUUUGUUUGAUAAACUGCCGCAAUAUUCAUCGAAUAUGAAGACAAUAUCUUGUCAAGAGUUUUCAUGUUUUUUAAUACAUGAACAAAACGAUUCAUUGGGAAAUGAUGACCGAAUGGUUUCUCAAUUUAUAUGCGAUUUUCUUAAAGAUCCACAAAGAGAAAUCCAAGAACCAUAUCUUACUGUAUCGGAAUUUUGCGAUUUCUUGUUUUCAAAACAAAAUGAUCUUUGGGACACUAGAAAAGACAAAGUUUAUCAUGACAUGUCGAGACCUAUGUCACAUUAUUGGGUUUCUUCCUCACACAAUACAUAUUUAACUGGCGAUCAAGUUUCCAGUGAAUCAUCUGUCGAAGCUUAUGUGAGAUGUCUAAGAAUGGGUUGUAGAUGUAUAGAAUUGGAUUGUUGGGAUGGGCCAGACGAUAUGCCUUUUAUCUUUCAUGGUCACAGUCUAACAUCAAAAAUCAAAUUUAAAGAUGUUAUCAGAAUAAUUAAGGAACAUGCAUUUGCAACUUCUGAAUACCCGGUAAUUUUGUCUAUUGAGGAUAAUUGUAGCUUGCACCAACAAAGAAAAAUGGCGACAGCGAUGCAGGAAGUUUUUGGAGAUCUCCUUGUGGUGGCGCCUGUGUCUCCGACUGAAACCCAGCUUCCUUCACCGCAUGUGUUAAGACGAAAAAUUAUACUUAAACACAAAAAAUUACCUGACGGCCAAGACGAAAUCUCACUUCCAAUGCCCAACGAUUCUCACGAACUGGACCUGAGAAAUUCCGUUCUUAACGAUAUAGUUUACAUUGAAAAUCCUGCGGACGAAUGGAACCCCUUCUUUUUUGUUCUUACCAAGACCAAGUUGUUCUAUACUGAUGGUUACAAUCUAGAAAAUCAAGCGGAAUCGGAAAGAACAGAAGAAGACGAGGACAGCGCGUCAGCUGUAUUCCCCAGAAACAACAACGUUCCCAACCAAGAACUGCACUUCAGCGAAGAAUGGUUCCACAGACUGAAAAACGGCCGCACAGAAGCCGAACAAAUUCUCAAAGCAUACGCGCAUCUAGGCAACGGCACGUUCUUGGUGCGGGCCAGCGUGACUUUCGUCGGCGAGUACACUCUUUCGUUUAUCAGAGACGGCAAGGUCGACCACUGUCGCAUAAAAUCAAAGCAAGAGCGACAGCAAACGAAAUACUACUUUAUCGACAACAAACCCUUCGACAGCCUGUACAACUUGAUCAAAUAUUAUCGGUCGAACGAGCUGAAAACCGCUCAAUUCGCCGUCAAGUUAACGCAACCGGUUCCGCAACCGAAAAUACACGAAAACGAAGAGUGGUACCACAAACAUUUGGGCAAGACGGACGCCGAGGAUGUACUGAGGAAAACUAAAAUAGAGGGCGCUUUUCUUGUCAGACCAAGCGAAAUUGAUAUUAAUUUUUACACCAUUAGUUUCAGAGCGGAAAGAAAAAUCAAACAUUGUCGUAUAAAACUAGAAGGGAGAUUAUACACAAUAGGAAAUGUGGAAUUUGAAAGUCUUGUACAGUUAAUAAACUACUAUCAAAGUCAUCCCCUGUACAAAAAAGUCAAGUUAAAUCAUCCUAUAACGGCCGAAACAGUAAUAAAAAUGAACAUGGAAUGCGAAGAAGCCGGUGCAUACAGUUGCCCAUCGUACAUGGACCCGAGUGCUUUUGUGCCAAAAAUAAUGGUGAAAGCGCUUUACAACUACCAGGCGCAACACCCCGACGAACUGACUUUCUGCAAACACGCCAUUAUAACCAACGUGACGAAGUGCGACAAUGAAUGGUGGAAAGGAGAUAUGGGGGGAAGAUUACAGCAGUACUUUCCCGCCAGCUUUGUCGUGGAAGUACCUCCCCAAAACACUAUAGAAGAUAGAGCCGAAGAUGGCUCAACAAUGACAGGUAAUUUGGACUUAAAGGGUGCCAUUGUAAACAUCGAGGAAAAUGACAGCACCCAGAGCGACGUAAGAUGGAUUGUAAAAUUGCAAGUAACAACCGGUUCGCCCUUCGAAUUCGGGCUCAAAAGUAAGGAAAAAGCUAUAGAAUGGAAAGAAGCUAUAUCUGAAGUGGCCAAAAUGGCUAGCAAAGUGGAGAUUCAUCACAGGGAAUUGGAGACUAAGAACAAAAUAGCGAAAGAAAUGUCAAAUUUGAUCAUAUAUUGCAGAUCUAUCGCCUUUGAUCUGGAAAGGGCAAACGAACAAGGUUUUAUACAUUAUGAAAUGUCUUCCUUUGUUGACACCAAGGCUGAAAAACUAAUUUGUCACAUGGAAAAGAAGUUUUUCCUUAAAUAUCACCAGCAUCAAUUUUCGAGGGUGUAUCCCUCAUUCUUCCAACACAUGGACUCGUCAAAUUACAACCCGAUGAACAUGUGGAACUGCGGUUCGCAAAUGGUCGCGCUAAACUACCAAACCGGCGACAAACCGAUGCAGCUAAAUCAGGCGAAAUUCCGCGACAACGGCUACUGCGGCUACCUGCUGAAGCCCGACUUCAUGCUGAACCCAGAUUUCGAUCCGCACGACAAAAGCACGAUGGGCGACGUAAAGCCGAUGACAGUUUCCAUUAGGAUCAUUGCCGGAAGGCAUUUGUGCAGAUCAAAGAAGAGCACUGCCAGUCCCUAUGUCGAGGUGGAGUUGUUGGGGGCCUCGUUCGAUUCCGGAGUAAAAAAGGUCACAAAGAAAAUUGUUGAUAACGGAUUCAACCCAAGGUGGAACGAUGAAACGUGUGAAUUUGUUGUCGCCAAUCCCGAUUUUGCCCUGCUACGAUUCCAAGUCCAAGAUGAAGAUAUCUUCGGAGAACCGAUUUUUAUUGGCCAGGCGACCUAUCCGAUUACUUGUGUAAGAACAGGUUACCGCAGCGUUUGGUUGAAGAACGAAUUCAGCGAAGAUCUUGAAUUGGCCUCCCUGCUAAUUCACAUACAAAUAAGCACUAACGAAAAUAAUUGUGAUGAAAUUAAAUCUUGCAUGGGCAGUCUAAAAAAGCAGAAGUAGUCAGUAGAAGAAAAGUCGAGUUUCGAUUUUGUUAAAGAUGCUUAAUGCCCCAAAAACCGUUAUUGGUAUAGAAAAGAAUCUCAUCUUAUACCCACAAAUCAUUAUGGUACGAAAAUUCAAUUACAGGAAAUUAUUGUACUGUAGUCAUAAUGCAUAUCAGCUAGGAUGUUAAAAUGGUAAUAUUUAUAGUCAAUAUUUUUAAAUCUGUCCAAGAAAUGUAUUAAGUUAAAUAUAUAUAUAUAUAUAUAUAUAUAUAUAUAUAUAUACAUCAAAGUUUGUGGAGAGUUAUAUAGAAACUAUAGUAUUAUACAGUGCUGACAAUAAUCCAAAAACUAAAAUUAUUUCUUAUGACAAAACAAUAUAAAUUAUUUAAAUUACUUUUACAAUCCCUGAUAUAUGUAUGCAUUUCUCAUUAGGUGAUACCUCACUGUAUCAAAAGUUUCAUAUUUACAACUACUUAAAUAAAAAAAAUAACGUAUGCAAGACAUUACAUUUCUUUCUCACGUAAACAUAAGUUGUACUUGCUUCACUUGUGUAAUAUUGGUUUAAAAUUUUCAAGCUUGUUUCAAACUAAAUUUAUUUUGGUUUUUGAUUAAUUAAUUCAAGUAUCAGCUUAA